AUGUCUAAAUUAACCUAUAGGCUAUCAAAUAUCCCACACACAGCCACUAUCAACGAUGUAAAGAGAGUUAUUGCUAGAUCAACUAAUAUCAAUCAAAUCUCAGCGGAUAAUCAUUUUAUAACUUCUUUCAGAAGUUCAAAAUUCCCAAACUAUCCAAACACAGCGACAAUCAAAUUCCUAAAUCCAAAGCCAGCCGAGAAUUUGAGGAAUUCUUUAAAGACUAUAAACACUCUCACUCUAUCAACCUCUCAGAUCAAGUGCCUACCUUUAGAUAAGCCUAGCCAAGAAGACGUUUCUUUGACUCACUUUGAACCAGCAACCCACCCAGGCCAAAUCGUUGUCUUGUCUGGUUUGCCUGCUAAAAUCAACUCAUUUGAUAUCCAAUCCUAUCUCAAACCUUAUUAUCUCGAUAACUCCCCUAACUCCUCGGAUCCCAUCACCAACAUACGCAUUCCCUCCGAUAAGUUCAGCAGCACCUCCAAAUGGCUCGUCAGGCUCAACUCUGUAUCUGAAGCUCAUCGCUUGGUGCGCAACCUCAAUCAAUCCAGCUGGGUCGAUUCACAUUAUACGAUUAAUGCAAGAAUAAUUUAUUGA